GUGGUAGGGACUUGCACACUCAUCUCCUUCAUCUCAUUUUCUUCUCAAAUAUUCGUCAUUUGGCCAUGGUACGGCUCGACCAUCUCUCUAGAUCUUCUAAAACUUCUCAUCCCUUUCAACUUCUUUGUCUUCAUGGUUUUCUGGAACUACCGACUCUGUGUGAUCACUUCCCCGGGAGGUGUGCCUCCAGGAUGGCGACCGAACAUUGGACAAAUGGACGGGAUGGAGGUGAAAAGGGGUUCACAUGCUCCCAGAUAUUGCAAAACAUGCGAGCAUUACAAACCUCCCCGAGCUCAUCAUUGCCGGCAAUGUAGAACAUGUGUAGUGAAUCAUUGUCCUUGGAUCGCUAACUGCGUCGGUUUCCACAAUCAAGGUCAUUUCAUCCGGUUUCUCAUCUGGGUCGACAUAGCGACAUCAUAUCAUCUCGCCAUGAUCGUUUUCAGGGUUAUGGACCUCGUUCGUUCGUAUUAUGAAGAACCAAGUGUAAAAGACAUGUUGUUCAUGAUUUUCAACUUCGCCGCUUGUGUACCGGUAUGGCUUUGUGUCGGCAUGUUCUCAUUGUAUCAUUUGUAUCUGGCAGCGGGUAAUUCGACGACUAUAGAAGGGUGGGAGAAAGAUAAGGUUGCUACUUUGGUGAGGAGGGGUAAAAUAAGAGAGAUCAAGUAUCCAUAUAACCUAGGUUUUAUGCGCAACCUCGAAAGCGUCCUUGGUCCCAACCCUCUUUUGUGGAUAUGGCCCCAGAAAAUGCAAGGAGACGGUCUUUCUUUCCCCGUCAAUCCGGCUGCAGGCGGUCCCGACGCCCAAUACGUUUGGCCACCUCAAGAUCCUACUCGAUAUCGUGAUCCCAACCCACGAAUGAUGGAAGGAUCGCCGUUUGUCUAUGGGGAAGAAACGUUGAACCCGGCAUUACGCUAUAAUCAACCUGAUAAUUUCCACCGCACUCAUCAUGAUGGUUCCAACCUUCAUCUUCAUGGUACGCACGACCAACCAGUGAACGGUGACGAAUCAUAUCAAUACGACCCUCAAGACGUUGAUAACCAUUCGAGCCAAAGUCAAUCUUCCAGCCCUGAACCUUAUCUGUCCGAUUAUGACGAACAUAACGAAGGUCCGCUCGUGCCUGGAGAAAGAGAGACGAGUAGGAUAAGAAGAGGUAGUGAAGGAUGGGAGGUGAGACCGAUGGGUGUUUGGCAAGGUGAGGUGGGAAGGAUGAAAAUGCCUUGGUUGGAAGAAGGAAGAUAUAAUGUUUAUGUACCUAAUGAUGAGGAAUGGGGUGAUGGGGAAGAAUCUCGUCUACCAUCUGUUUGA